GGUCAACCCGACUCCCAUCGACCCUCCAGAGGCCGACCCGGUCACCGCUGACGAUCAGGACCAAAGCUCGACUUCCUCGGAGCUACCAGAGGACGACUCGGACGCGGACGGCGGACCUCAGAUCGACUCCAGCGCCGACGGUGAUAUUCCAAACAUGGCCGAAGAAGACAACAAAUACCUCUUCCUGGAAAAUGACUUCCGCAACAGCGGGGUGGCGCAGGCCGAUUUUGCGGCCAAGAAGAUGGUGUGGAUCCCGUCGGAGAAGGAGGGCUUCGAGGCGGCCAGCGUGAAGGAGGAGAAGGGGGAUGAGGUGCUGGUGGAGCUAAGCAACGGUCAAAAAACGACUGUGACCAAAGACGACGUCCAGAAGAUGAACCCGCCUAAGUUCAGCAAGGUGGAGGACAUGGCUGCUCUCACCUUCCUCAACGAAGCGUCUGUCCUGCACAACCUGAAGGAGAGAUACUUCUCCAGCCUGAUCUAUACGUACUCGGGUCUGUUCUGCGUGGUGGUGAACCCCUACAAGAUGCUGCCGAUCUACUCCGAAAAGAUCAUUGAGAUGUACAAAGGCAAGAAACGCCACGAGGUGCCGCCGCACAUCUACUCCAUCACCGACAACGCCUACAGGAACAUGAUGCAAGACCGUGAGGAUCAGUCUAUCCUCUGCACAGGUGAGUCUGGAGCGGGGAAGACCGAGAACACCAAGAAGGUGAUUCAGUACCUGGCUGUCGUUGCCUCCUCACACAAGGGGAAGAAGGAAGCUGUACCGCAGCAGCAAGGCUCCCUGGCCUAUGGGGAGCUAGAGAAGCAGCUGCUGCAGGCUAAUCCCAUCCUGGAGGCAUUUGGAAACGCCAAAACCAUCAAGAACGACAACUCCUCUCGAUUUGGAAAGUUCAUCAAGCUCAACUUUGACGUGACCGGCUUUCUUGUCGGAGCGAAUAUUGACACCUACCUUCUGGAGAAGUCUCGCUGUAUCCGUCAGGGCAACACCGAGAGAGCCUUCCACAUCUUCUAUUACAUGGUGGCCGGCGCCAAAGACAAGAUAAGGGAGGAGCUUCUGCUGGAGGACUUCGGCAGCUAUCGUUUCCUGGUGGCCGGUCACGUGGAGAUCCCGGGUCAGGAGGACGACGAGAUGUUUUUGGAGACUCUGGAGGCCAUGGAGAUCAUGGGCUUCUCCGAGGAGGAGAGAAUAGGGAUGUUCAAGGUGGUGUCCACUGUGCUGCAGCUCGGCAACGUCAAGUUCGAGAAGGAGAGGAACAGCGAGCAGGCGACCAUGCCGGACAACACCGCUGCCCAGAAGGUGUGCCACCUGCAGGGCAUCAAUGUCACAGACUUCACCCGCGCCAUCCUCACCCCGCGGAUCAAAGUGGGCAGGGAGGUGGUGCAGAAGGCGCAGACCAAGCAGCAGGCUGAUUUUGCAAUCGAGGCUCUGGCUAAGGCCAUGUACGAGCGUCUGUUUCGUUGGAUCCUGGCCCGGGUGAACAAGACGCUGGACAAGAGUAAGAGGCAGUCGUCCUCCUUCCUCGGCAUCCUGGACAUCGCCGGCUUUGAGAUUUUCGAGGACAACUCCUUCGAGCAGCUCUGCAUCAACUACACCAACGAGCGUCUGCAGCAGCUCUUCAACCACACCAUGUUCAUCCUGGAGCAGGAGGAGUACAAGAGGGAGGGCAUCCAGUGGAGCUUCAUCGACUUCGGCCUCGACCUGCAGCCCUGCAUCGAGCUCAUCGAGAGGCCGAACAACCCUCCUGGCAUCCUGGCCCUGCUGGACGAGGAGUGCUGGUUCCCCAAAGCCACCGACGUGUCCUUUGUGGAGAAGCUGCUGAACACUCACACCGGUCACGUCAAAUUCUCCAAACCCAAACAACACAAAGACAAACUCAUGUUCAGCGUCCUGCACUACGCCGGGAAGGUGGACUAUAAUGCAGCUAACUGGCUGACUAAAAACAUGGAUCCUCUGAACGACAACGUGACCGCGCUGCUCAACAACUCCUCCAGCAACUUCAUCCAGGACCUGUGGAAAGACGCGGACCGCGUGGUGGGUCUGGAGACCAUCACCAAGAUGUCGGAGAGUUCGGCGCCGACCAAAUCUAAGAAGGGAAUGUUCCGCACGGUGGGGCAGCUGUACAAAGAGUCUCUGGGCAAACUGAUGACCACUCUGCACAACACGCAGCCCAACUUUGUCCGCUGCAUCAUCCCCAACCACGAGAAGAGGUCGGGGAAGAUGGACGCCAACCUGGUCCUGGAGCAGCUCAGGUGUAACGGAGUGCUGGAGGGAAUAAGAAUCUGCAGACAAGGAUUCCCCAACCGAAUACUGUUUCAGGAGUUCAGGCAGAGAUAUGAGAUUCUGGCUGCCAACGCCAUCCCGAAGGGUUUCAUGGACGGGAAGCAGGCGUGCUCUCUGAUGGUGAAGCACCUUGAUCUGGAUACUAACCUGUAUCGCGUCGGUCAGAGUAAGAUGUUCUUCAGGACCGGAGUUCUGGCUCAGCUGGAGGAGGAGAGAGACAUCAAACUCACCGUCGUCAUCAUCGCUUUCCAGGCGCAAGCUCGAGGCUUCCUGGCCCGAAAGGCGUUCAAUAAACGUCAGCAGCAGCUGACCGCCAUGAAGGUCAUCCAGAGGAACUGUGCCUGUUACCUCAAACUCAAGAACUGGCAGUGGUGGAGACUCUUCACCAAGGUGAAGCCCCUGCUGCAGGUCACCAGACAAGAAGAAGAAAUGGGUCAGAAAGACGAGGAGCUGAAAGUGGCUAAGGAGGUGGCGGCAAAGACCGAGGCCGAGCUGAAGGAAGUCUCCCAGAAACACACCCAGCUGAUGGAGGAGCGCGUCCAGCUGGAGGCAAAACUGCAUGCGGAGACGGAGAUGUACGCGGAGGCCGAGGAGAUGAGGGUGAGGCUGGAGACCAAGAAGCAGGAGCUGGAGGAGGUCCUGCACGAGAUGGAGUCGCGGCUGGAGGAGGAGGAGGAUCGCAGCAACUCCCUGCAGCAGGAGAGGAAGGACAUGGAGCAGCAGCUAACGCUCAUGGAGGCCCACAUAGCCGAGGAGGAGGACGCCAAGCAGAAGCUGCAGCUGGAGAAAGUUGCCGUGGAGGGAAAAGUCAAGAAACUGGAGGAGGACGUUUUGGUGAUGGAGGACCAGAAUAACAAACUGCAGAAGGAGCGACAGCUGCUGGAGGAGAGGAUGGCUGAUAUGAGCUCUAACCUGACGGAGGAGGAAGAGAAAUCUAAGAAUCUGACCAAACUCAAAGCUAAACACGAGUCCAUGAUCUCUGAUCUGGAGGUGCGUAUGAAGAAGGAGGAGAAGGGCCGUCUGGACAUGGAGAAAGCCAAGAGGAAGGUGGAGGCGGAGCUUGCCGACCUCCAGGAGCAGCACGGCGACCUGCAGGCCCAACUAGCCGAUCUCCAAUCCAAGCUGGCUGCGAAGGAGGAGGAGCUGCAGGCCACCCAGGGCCGCUUGGAGGAGGAGAGUAAUCAGCGUGGGGCGGCGGUGAAGCGGGUUCGGGAGUUGGAGGUUGUGAUCUCAGAGCUGCAGGAGGACCUGGAGGCAGAGAGGGCAGCCAGGGCGAAGGUGGAGGCGGCUCGACGGGACCUCGGAGACGAGCUGAACGCUCUACGCACCGAGCUGGAGGACAGUCUGGACACCACCGCCGCACAGCAAGAGCUACGGGCAAAGCGUGAGCAGGAGGUUGCCUUGCUGAAGAAAGCCAUGGAGGAUGAGGGGCGGAGCCACGAGGCCCAGGUUCAGGACUUGAGACAGAAACACAGCCAGGCCGUGGAGGAGCUCAAUGAGCAGCUGGAGCAGGCCAAGAGGGUGAGAGCUGGUCUGGAGAAAGCAAAGCAGGCUCUGGAGAAGGAGUCCGCAGAUCUGGGCGCCGACCUGAGAUCCCUCGCCAGCGCCAAACAGGACGUGGAGCACAAGAAGAAGAAGGUGGAGGGUCAGCUCAACGAACUGCACUCCCGCUUCCAGGAGAGCGAGCGGCAGAGGACGGAGCUGGGCGAGAAAGUCUCCAAGAUGACGAUGGAGCUGGAGAGCAUGACGAGUGUGUUGAACGAGGCGGAGGGAAAGAACAUCAAGCUGAGUAAAGACGUCUCCACUCUGAGCUCACAGCUCCAGGAUACACAGGAGCUGCUGUCAGAGGAGACCCGCCAGAAGCUGAACGUGUCCGGACGUCUGCGUCAGAUGGAGGACGACAGGAACAGCCUGAUGGAGCAGCUGGAGGAGGAGACGGAGGCCAAGCGGGGGGUGGAGAGGCAGGUCUCCGGCCUCAACGUGCAGGUUUCUGACUACAAGAAGAAGCUGGAAGAGAUGUCGGGGUCGGUGGAGAUGCUGGAGGAGGGGAAGAAGCGUCUGCAGCGGGACCUGGAGGCGGCCAACAGCGAGUACGAGGAGAAGGCCUCGGCCUACGACAAGCUGGACAAGAGCCGGAGCCGGAUGCAGCAAGAGCUGGAGGACGUCCUCAUGGACCUGGACAGCCAGCGGCAGCUCGUCUCCAACCUGGAGAAGAAGCAGAAGAAGUUUGAUCAGAUGUUGGCAGAAGAGCGUGCGGUGUCCAGUAAGUGUGCGGAUGAGCGUGAUCGAGCAGAGGCGGAGGCGAGGGAAAAGGAGACGCGGGUGUUAGCUCUGGCCAGAGCUCUGGAGGAGAGCCAAGACGCUCUGGACGAGGCGGAGAAGACCAUGAAGACCCUCAAAGCCGAGAUGGAGGACCUCAUCAGCUCCAAGGACGACGUGGGGAAGAAUGUCCACGACUUGGAGAAGGCAAAGCGAGGCCUGGAGGCCAUCGUGGACGAGAUGAGGACUCAGAUGGAGGAGCUGGAGGACGAGCUGCAGGUCGCCGAGGACGCCAAGCUGCGCCUGGAGGUCAACACUCAGGCGCUGAGAGCCCAGCACGAGAGGGAGCUGCACGCCCGCGAUGAGAUGGGGGAGGAGAAGAGGAAGCAGCUCCUCAAACAGGUGCGUGAGCUGGAGUCGGAGCUGGAGGAGGAGAGGAAGCAGCGAGGUCAAGCGUCCGGCAGCAAGAAGAAGCUGGAGGGGGAGCUGAAGGACAUGGAGGACCAGCUGGAGGCCACCAACAGGGGGCGUGACGAGGCCAUCAAGCAGCUCCGCAAGAUCCAGGGCCAGGUGAAGGAUUUCCAGAGGGAUCUGGAGGACUCGCGUGCGGCCCACAAGGAGGUCCAGGCCUCCGCCAGGGAGGCUGAGCGCAAAACCAAAGUGAUGGAGGCGGACAUCGUCCAGCUGCAUGAGAUGUUGGCAGCAGCUGAGAGAGCUCGUAAGCAGGCGGAGACAGAAAGAGACGAGAUGGCUGAAGAAAUGGCAAAUAACACCUCUGGAAAGUCGAUGUUUGCCGAUGAGAAGCGUCGUCUGGACGCUAAGAUCAGCCAGCUGGAGGAGGAGCUGGAGGAGGAGCAGGCCAACAUGGAGAGCGUGAACGACCGGCUGAGGAAGAGCCAGCAGCUGGUGGAGCAGCUGGGUGUGGAGCUGACCGCGGAGAGGUCGGCCUCUCAGAGUAAGGAGGGAUCCCGGCAGCAGCUGGAGAGACAAAACCGAGACCUGAAGGCCAAGCUGCAGGAGAUGGAGGGCCAGGGCCGCUCCAAACUCAAAUCCUCCAUCGCCGCCCUCGAGGCCAAGCUGAGAGAGGCGGAGGAGCAGCUGGAGAUCGAGAGCAGGGAGCGCCAGGCAAACGGCAAGAAUCUACGUCAGAAGGAGAAGAAGCUGAAGGAUUUAAGUAUCCAGGUGGAGGACGAGAGGAAGCAGGCGCAGCAGUACAAAGACCAGGCCGAGAAGGGCAACGUGCGGGUGAAGCAGCUGAAGCACCAGCUGGAGGAGGCGGAGGAGGAGGCGCAGCGCAUGGCCGCCUCUCGGAGGAAACUGCAGAGGGAGCUGGAGGAGGCGAGCGAGUCCAACGACGCCAUGAGCAGAGAGAUAACGUCCCUCAAGAGCAAACUGAGGCGUGGCAGCAGCGGGGGUGGCGGCGGCGGGGAUUCGUCGUUCAGCAGCCCCAGCCCCCGGAGCAGCAGCAGCGUGGGCGGGGGCAGCCUGAGGAGCCUCGGGCUGGGAGGGAGCAUCAGCAGGAGGAGCACCAUCAAGGAGAACUCGGUGGAGCUGCAGGAGGAGGAGCCGCGGUCCCCGUCUCCUCGUGGCUGCAGCCCCCCUCUGGAGAACCAGGUGGAGGACUACCCCCCCGACGAGUAGUUUAAAGAUCAUACCACAGCUGUGUCAAGUGGGCGGAGCCUUUUCCCUAAUGCUUUUCAUUUAAAUUUUAAAGUUUCUUUUUCCGACAAACCACAACAUUUUAGACUAAAGCUGAUAUUAAAACAUGUUGUUGUGCCUUAAAGCAAAAAUGUAAACAAGCAGGGGUUAAAAAGGAACAGCUCAGACGAUCAAUUUGAUGUUUUAAAAUCACAAACUCAACAACCUCCCUCCAAUACUUAGAUAAAAAUACAAUUUUGACCGUACAAACAUUGUUCAUUUCAUUGUUUCUUAACAUUAUUUAAGCCCUGAAAAGUCCAAAACUAUGUUUCACAAAUACAUCAUGAAUAUCUGCUGGUUCCAACAGAGUCUUCUCCUGUCCAGAUGAGUCAUUACUGCUGGAGAACAUGGAAUAUUAAACCAUUUGUUAAGUUAUUUAUUUGUGUGUUUCAUAUCAAAGUGCAUAUUUAGUAAAUAAUCCAAAAGCCACAGUGGAGGAAGUAAACAAGACAAAAAUGUAGAAGAAAGUAAAAACAAAACCAUCCAAUUUUAGUCUCAAAUGUUACAAAAGUUUAAAGAAAGAAUGUGCUACUUUUUGAUCCAGUAGAUGUCACCCUUGAGCACCAGCAUGAAACCAAAACAAACUGCUGUUUGGCCACGCCUCCUCCAUACUUAAGCCUCCGCUCUCCUCCAGCGACACACCUCCAACCCUCCUUUAACUCUCAUAUUCAAACAAAAUGUUAAAAUAAAAUGGCUCUCAUUAUUUUACUCAUGUAGAGUUUCAGUCGGUAAUUUUUAGUUUCUGUUGUGUUCAUUAAAUCAUGAUAAGAAAAUGGAAGCUUUAAACGGUUUUCCUGAAAGUUUUUCUCAAAGGUCACGUAUGAUGUAAAAUACACUUCACCAUGUUUACACUAACAUGUGUCUCUAGUCCGUCUUCAAACCCCCCAAUGAUGAGAAAAGUCCAUCCUCGCCGUCUUUUCCCUGCUCCACUUUUCAGAUAAUGUGUGCUCAAACCGUUUGGAGAUUGUCCCUUUAUGACAUCACAAAGGGCAGUAGCCCCUCCCCCAGGUGGGUGACACUCCCACAGCUAGGUGUUUGUUCUGCCCUCUGAGUCUGCCUUCUCGACGUAAACAAUCGGACAUGGAGCGAGAAAGCACCAGAGAGGGGGCGUGGUCAGACACAGCUCAUUUGCAUAUUUAAAGCUACAGACACAGAAACAGCCUGUUCUGAGCAGGGCUGAAAUAGAGGGGUUUAUAGGCAUGAUCAAAUACAGGAUCAGAGUGGAUUUAGAACAAGAAACUUCACACGUUUUGAGGAGCUCUGAGACUUAUUUAAACUUGUUGAAGAGGAGAAUAUGUCACCUUUAAAGAAAAACAUCAGUAAAAUAAUUUCACAGGUCAGUUCUCACAACAGCACAAAGAGAGGAAGUCAAGUUCUGUCAAUGUUUGGAGAUUAAUAUGACGUAUAAUUUAUGAUUAUUUAUAGACAUUUAUUUAUCUUGCAGGUAGUUUAAAUCUUUGUUGUUGUAGUUUGGUGUCCUUACAGCCGAGUCGCAGCGCUCACAUCAAAAAAUAAACACCCGGAGAUCUUUGAAAGACUGAUUAGAUUUACAGUCCUUUAAAAUCAUUUCUUAGCAACUGAGUGCAAAAAUAUUCCACCUGUUGCACUAAAUUAAACACAUUUAUACACCCCUUAAUGAAGUCAAAUCUUUAUUUUCUUUCAAAACGGAGUGAAAUGUUCUCAGUCUUUGCUCACAUCAGAGAAAAACAGUGAUAUAAAUCAAUGUAUUGUGGUAAAAAAUAUUAUUUUAAUAAGAAAAACUAAGCGAGAACAUGCUUUACAUCUUAUUUUGGUGGGACAUUGAAAACACAUUUUUGUAAUUUGCAUCAGACGUCAUAUUUUUGCAUCUUAAUAAAGACGACGAUAAUUCAAGUAAAAGUCUGAAUAAAGUAUAAACAUUUUUAAAUUUCUCGUCCCAGACUGAGACUGUUUUGACCCUCUUUGCAUUUCUCUGUCCGCCGGGUGUACGAAUAUUUUAGAGAUAAUGUAUUUGGAAUCUGACUGUAAAACUGUAUUUGUUCCCCAGCUGUUGUGUAUUCAUUCUCCAGAUUAGACAGUGUGAUUUAAAACCUCACAGAUACACAAUUAUAUAUAAUUCUGUAAUAAUUAAAGUGAGUACAAGGACCGCUGUGAUGACCCUGCUUAGUGAACCGACGGAGUGCCUUUAAAUAAAGAGAUAUUAAAU